CUCCUAGAUGGAAUCGGCCAAGAAACUGCUGGAAUCGCUGUGGGUGUACGGCGUGGCCGCGGCCGUGGACGUGCCGCCGACGGUCGAGGACACCCGGAGGGCCGUGGAGGCGGUGGCGCCCAUCAUGCACACCACCUUCGGGGACAUCGCCGCCUUCGAGGCCAACCUGGAGCGCGCAGACACGGCCUACACAUCCGAGUACAUCGGGCUUCACACCGACAACACCUAUUGGACUCAGCCGGCCGGAUACAACGCCUACGACCGAGCCGAAAUGUCGACAAUCGAGACCGACAAAGUGUACGAAGUCUACUCGGCCUACCAGAAGCUGGGCCGCGCCAUCACGGAACCCUCCCGCGAAUUCCAGAUCAAGCUCCAGCCGGGGACGACGCUCUUCAUCGACAACUUCAGGGUCCUCCACGCGCGGAAGGCGUUCGACGGGCGCAGGGUCAUGAUCUUCGCCUACGUCCUCCGGGACGAGUUCCUCAGCCGGUUGAAGGUCGCGGGGGUCUUCAGCGGCUUGUGAAUCCGACGAGCGACCUGUGGAAUUUGUUCUCACUCUCCUUCAAUUUUGACCUUCAUGUGGUAGACAGUAGAUGUUUGGCAAGUCAUGACCAUUUGAGAUCCAUUUCCUAUUUUAUCAAUUUCCUUCCGUGAAAUUAAUUAUUUAACAAUUAAUUUCCCUUUUGCUUCAAUGGAAAUUUGAAAAGUGAUGGUUUCUUUCAACACUGAUGCCGCCUUAGUGCAAUUUUCGAAUGAAAACAUCUUGCGAAC